CAUAGCCGUAACUUUUAUUAGCUCUCUGUCCAUCGCAAUAACAGCAUGGAAGAGCAACAAGAAGAUUUCAAGUCUCUUCCUAUAAUAGAUAGACUUUCUCACAAGGUCUGGAAAGCGAGGGUAUCUGCAUAUGAAGAACUAGUAUCCCAGUUUCGAAUAUCUGAUAAACCUAGUGACUUUUACCAAUAUGAGCCACACCUCAAGAAAAUGGUCACCGACGCCAAUGCAGUAGCGCAGGAGGCAGGUUUAAAUGCUGUUCUUCACUACGUCGAAAAUGCACCGUCUGCUGCAAAUACUCGAGACGUUGUCAUUCCAGCAUUGGUAGAGAAAUGCUUUGGAGCCGCCAAAGCAGGAACGAAAGCAAAAGCGAAUGAUGUUAUCUUAAUGUAUGCCGAAGUAGACGUCGCAGAUCCUGUAGUAGAACUUGUUAUUCCAGGUAUGAAUGCAAAGCAGCCCAAAGCUGUUGCUCAGACAGUUGUCACUUUGAAGGAACUAGUACGACAAUUUGGCGUCAAGACAGUCAAUCCCAAGCCAAUACUGAAGAUUAUACCUAAGCUGUUCGGACACGCUGACAAAAAUGUCAGAGCUGAAGCUAGCACCCUCACUAUUGAACUGUACCGCUGGAUCGGACCCGCAGUCAACCAGUUCUUGUCUGAACUAAAGCCUGUCCAGAUCAAAGAAUUGGAAGAAAGCUUUGCACAACUGCCGCAGGAGAAGGCUGUACCUGAACGAUUGUUAAGAUCACAGCAAGCAUUGGUACAGUCAGAACCAACUGAGAAUGAAGAAGACGUCGAAAUGGGCGGUGAUGCCCCAGAAGAGGAAGACGAUACGAAUGCACUCGAUCUUGCAGACCCGGUAGACAUCUUGUCGAAAGUUUCACCCAAUUUCUUUGAGCUUUUGGUGUCCAAAAAAUGGCAAGAGCGCAAAGAGGCAAUGGAAGAACUACUGAAUGCCGCCAAAACUCCCAAAAUUGCAGACAGAGACUAUUCAGAACUUCUUAGUGGUUUGGCGAAGCGCAUCAAUGAUAGCAAUGUCCUGCUUGGCGCACUGGCUGCAAACUGUAUAGAAGCUAUUGCUAAUGGCUUGCGACAAAGCUUCCAUCGUUACAAAGCUACUGUCACUCCACCCUUAAUCGACAAGUUGAAAGAACGAAAACCACAAGUUUUGGAACAGCUGUGCAAUGCACUUGACGCAGUUUUAGCCGUAUCACCAUUUGAAGAAAUUGUUGAAGAUAUUAGUACUGGAGCGAAACAUAAGAAUCCUCAAGUCCGGGCGCAGUGUAUCAAGUUAUUAACGGCUCGCCUGACGAAAAUUCGACAACCACCUAGUAAAGGAGAGACGAAGGCACUAGCGGAAUUAAUGCUUAAGACAAUCGACGAUGCGGAUAGCGCCACUCGCGAGCAUAGUGCAGAAGGUCUCGGUACAUUGGCAAAAGUUGUCGGUGAGAAAGCCUUGGCUCCAUUCACGGAGAAACUGGACGAUAUCAAGGCAGCAAAGGUGAAGGAAGCUUGUGACAAGGCCGUGGUUAAAGCUAAACCAGCAGGACCACCAAAACCUGUAGCGAAAGCUCCUCCUCCAGCUGCAAUCAAGCGAGCUCCAAAGGCUAAAGUAGCGGCACCGGCAAAACCAGCACCCACCGAUAUGGCAGUAGACGAUGACUACGAACUACCGCGACAACCAUCUCCUCCAAAGCGCAAGCCACCGCCACGAGCGAUUGCUGGAGCUAGCGCACCAAAGAAACCAGCAUUAUCGUCAUUAUCAAAAACAGCAGCACCUUCCGCUGCAGCAUCUGCAGGACCCAAAAAGGCCGCCAAACUACCAGCAAGCGCACCUGAAGAACCAGUUCGUUACAGGUUCUCUCCAGAGGACGCUGAAGAACGAAUUGUUGAAUAUGUACCUGAAGAUAUCCUAUCUCAGAUCAGCGACAGCCAAUGGAAGAUUCGGCUAGCAGCUAUGGAGGCAUUGUAUGAGCAUUUUGAGAAACAAGAUUCAUCUUCCAUCGAACCUGAAAUAGUCAUAAGGGUGCUAUCUAAGAAACCAGGCUGGAAGGAGAUGAACUUUCAAGUCAUGGGCAAACUAUUUAAUACAAUGCAAUUGUUAGCGAGUAAUAGCAAGUUUACCAAAGCAUGUGCCGCUAUCGGUAUUCCAGGCCUCACGGAAAAGUUAGGUGAUAUCAAACUCAAGAAGCAUGCAGGUGAUUGCUUAGUCGCUUUUGCGGAGAAGACAUCGCUACAAUUUGUUUUGUCACAAGCAUACCCGAUGUGGCGAAAACAAAAAUCACCCAAGGUGCUGGCUGAUUCUUUAACGUGGCUCCAUUCAGCGAUUAUGGAAUUUGGUAUUAGAGGCUUGCAAAUCAGAGACGUAAUUGAUUUCUUGAAGUUUGCUUUGACGAACACCAAUGCAUCCGUUCGAACUAGUGCAGUAUUGGUAUUAGGAGCGCUGCGAAUUUACAUCGGACCUGAGGUUAAAUCAUUUGUACAGGAUGUCAGUCCUGCGUUAUUGGCAACUAUCGAGGCGGAAUUCGACAAAGUGGCAAGUAUGGAACCACCACAGCCUACCAAAGGUGCUGCAGAUGACGAUGCGGGUGGUGGCAAUAGCGAUGCGAUAGAAUCUCUCUUUCCAAGGGUGGAUAUUUCAUCGCAAUUGUCCAAAGUUGCUGCCGAAUGCAAUGACUCUAACUGGAAAACUCGUAAGGAAGGCUUGGAGAAGACACUGGGCAUCAUCAACGACGCCAACAAGAGAAUCAAACCAAACUUGGGUGACUUUACUGCAGUUUUGAAAGUAAGACUAAAUGAUAGUAAUAAGAACCUUACAAUAAUGACCCUUGAGAUCACCGGAUUGCUAGCAACUUCAAUGGGUAAACCAUUCGAGAGAUACGUUAAAACAGUAGCAGCCCCUGUCAUAUCAGUAUUGACCGACAACAAGGCGAACGUACGAGCUGCAGGUGUUGCAACACUCGUGAGUCUUCAGUCCACUUGCGGUCUUGAGUCUUUGGUGUCGGCAAUCGCUACUGGACUGUCUAGUGAUUCCCCGUCGCUACGAAAAGAUUUACUCACAUGGUUAGAUGAAACUUUGAAGGAAGGCGCCACUGCGGACCUGAGCCCUCUCAUUCCUGGCAUUCUAUCUUGCUUACAAGAUCGUAAUGCAGAGGUCCGAAAAGCAGCUCAGGCAUGUCUACCAUAUGUGAUAACGAGUGCUGGAUAUGAUCAUGUCAUGAUCAAAGUGACGGAUCUCAAGGCUGCGCAACGUCAAACCGUCUUGCCAUUUAUCGAAGCGGCGAAAGGACUAGCCAAAUCUUCCAACCCUAACGGUGCAGCGCCUAGCAGUGUUGCAAGCCAUAAGUCGGAUUCACGAAGAAUGGCGGAUACUUCAGAGCCUGCAGAAGAGAAGACUAUUCUUCCAAAACCUCGCUUAACACUCAAGAAGAAACCAGCUGCUGCUGGAGUGAGAAGCGUUGGUAGCACUGUGUCGUCAAGAUCACCAGCUCAAUCUGCUGCCAUGAGCCCUGCGGCCAGUUCAGCUGGAGAAGAAACAUCUGCACCGAUUCUUACAUCCGAUAAUGGACCAAAGCUGGUACGAGCCAAGAAGGAGAACCGUUGGCAGUUUGAUGGCCCCCGUCCGGAUUUGUUGGUGUCCCUACGCUCUCAAAUUGGAAAUAACUUUGGCCAAGGGGUUAUCAAGUUGAUGUUUAGUAAAAGUCAGCAUGCUGAGCGCGACUUUUUAUCAGCCAUCAAUGUACUGGAUGAAUGCAUUGCUGACUCAGAAGUGAGCAGCAACAAGUAUGGUAUUGAUUUUACGGAAAUGAAGCAAAGAUACGUCGCCAAUGCCGAUCUCAUCUUCAAAUACUUGACCAUCCGAUUCUUCGAUACCAGCACCAGUAUGCUGAUCAAAUGUCUCGAUUUGACGGAGCAUUUGGUUGCUGUAAUGGAAGAAGAAGGAUACCAUUUGUCGGAAUAUGAAGCCAUAUCUUUCUUACCUUUCCUCAUCAACAAGAUUGGCGAUCCAAAGGAAACCAUGAGAGCGCGAAUCCGUAGCAUUCUCAUGGCAAUGUGUCGUAUAUACCCUGGCAGCAAGAUGUUCAAUCAUCUACUAGAUGUAACCGCCAACUCCAAAAAUGCGAAAACUCGUGCAGAAUGUUUGGAAGAGGUUGGAGCUUUAAUUCAGCGCAAUGGUAUCUCGGUAAUGCUUCCUCAAAAAUCGCUUCCCAUAAUUGCAAGUCAUAUAAGUGAUAGAGAUACUGGUGUACGCAAUGCUGCUCUCGGUGCAGUCGCCCAAGCGUAUACCUUAAUUGGCGAUCCAGUGUACAAGUAUGUUGGUAGACUGAGCGAAAAGGAUAAAAGUAUGGUUGAGGAGCGACUCAAGCGCACCAAGACAAAUGUUUCCAGUCUGCCAGUUGCACCUAAACGAGCCUCCGUGCCUCAAGACAUGCAUAUUGAACCACCACAGGUGCAUUCUGAACUCCCUCGUCCUUCAAGAUUAUCGCUGAAUAAGAGCAAAAUGUCCUUGCCACGACCAAGGCAACAAGUGGUUCGUCAAGAGGUCGAACCAAUGGAUGAGGUCAUGCAUGAACCCGAGCGAGAGUUAAUGCGACCACCAGUUCAAUCUUAUAUACCGGAACAGAGGGCUAUGCAAUCACCACCACGCGUACCGCAAAUAUCUCCAGAGAGAAAUGAAUACAUGAUGGAUUUCCUGAUAACUCAAAUUACCAGUGGUGAUCCUCAUCCUAGCAUUGACGCUCUCAAGAAGCUCGACAAGAUCUUGAGCACGCAGCCAGAAAUGGUGAUACCAGAUGUAGACCCCCUUGUCAACGCUAUCACUUUGCAAGUGCGUUUGGCUUUCUCUGCUCUUGAUGGUAGAUCAGCCCCGUUGACUAGGUUGUGCAAGCAUUUAGUCAAUGCGCUCGUUUUGUUGUUCUCUAAUCGACAGUUGGCUAGCCAUGUUUCACAAGAUGCAUUACAUCGUUUGCUUCAAGAGCUGGCACACCGUUUGUUGGAUGUUGAUAUGUUAUCUGUAGAAACGGGACCACAGCUUUCUAAAGCGCUGAACGUUGCCAUGGUGAAGGUCCUAGAAUUCAGCGACCGAAACGCAUCCAUCAGCGCCCUACUAGCGAUUCUUGUCAACUGUGCAGCAGAUCUUCGACCAGGGGAUUCAACCACUUGCAAAGAGGCUCGAUUCACUGAGUUAAUCAUGAAGUGUCUAUGGAAACUCUCAAAAACCAUUCAGGAGCAUAUGCGCAACGGAAGCUUAAAUCCAGAUCAGCUACUGCUAGAUAUCAACAAUUUCUUUGUCACAACCCCUCCUACCGAAUGGAAGCACAGAGCAGCAGAGCAUGUUCCGUUCGGCGAAAUGCCACUUCGAACUGCAAAGACGUUGAUUCUGGAAUUGAUAACAGGGUUGGGAGACAGUGUCUUUGAUCAUCUGACACUCAUAGAUGACCCUCAGCACAGCUGUGUCUACCCUUACUUACACCACAUGUUGCAAGCGCGGCGAAAGAAGCAAGAGGUUGAUCAGCAAGCUUCAAAUUCAAAUCAUGCCAUGACCCACGCUACGGAAGAACGUGUUCCAGAACCACUUACAACGCGAGCAAGCCGUCCUUCUUCAAUUACAUCUACUAAUGAUCUUAAUAAUUCACGGCCGGCUUCUAUCGCUGAGUCAGCUGGGAGCUUUGAACAACCUGCCGCACCACCGAAACCCGCAGCAUUUGUCGUUCCUGAGGAAAGCCAUACAGAGGCUAUGGAGGAUAUACAACGUUCGCCUCAAACUAGUGAUCAAACUAAAGAUGACUCCAAAACUCUCUCAGAUCUCGAAAUGAAUAAUCUUUUAACCCAAAUAUUUGUGAAAAUUGGUACUCGCGACCAAACGAAACAGGGCAUUGUGGAGUUAUAUGAGUUCCAAAAGCGCCAUCCCCAUGCAGAAACUAAAGUGAAUGCUUAUCUCAGUCAAACUGGAAAUUACUUCCAAAGUUACAUUCGCCGUGGCUUGACCAACUUGUCUGCAGAAGAUGAUUCUAUGAGGGUCCGAUCUAAUACCAGUAAUGAUACAGCAGACGCCAGUAGCGUCCGAUCUGCUGAAAGUAGUUCGCCGCGAACAUCUCGACCACAGUCUACAGUCGAAGAUCCAGUGGAGAUCAAGCAACGACUGCUACGUCUUCAACAGAAGUUUGGAUAUCGCCAGGAGGCUGAUGAGUCUGACCCAUCGUCUGGUCUGAACAAUAUCCAAAAGCGAGCGUCGAUCCUUUCUCUGGAACCUACUCAGCGAGCAGAACCGGAUCGCGCGCAAAGUGUUUCUGCUUUGAAAGAGCGACUGGCGAGAAUGAAGGCUACCCUUGAAUCCUCCGUAGCAGAGCCAUAGAGUGCACCGCGUGUCGUCAUUUGUCCGUGUAGCUAUAUUUUUACUCAUUGUUUUCGUUCUUUCCUGUGCGUGGACAAUUCAGAGUAACACUAAAAAGAAUGAAAAUCAACAAUCAUUUUAUCAAUAAAACAAGUAAUUUCGAAGUUCACAUAUUGCUGAAGAG